AUGUCUGAUAGCGAUAGUGAUAGCGACUGUGAUAUGUACACGAAUUUUACUUCAAAAAAGGCCGCCGAGCACAAAAAACUCAAGGCCGAGUAUGCUCUGAUGCACUCGAGACCCCGAGAUUCACUAGCAGGUAGGUCCUUCCUUUUUUGGGAAACCUGAAAUGAGAUUUUUGCAGAAAAUGAAAGGAAGCGUCCAAGAAUUGAGGAAUCGCCGUUGGAAAUAUCAAUUCUAGACGACGAUGAGGUUGGCUUUUUCUCAGUAGGUAGAAGUAACAUAAAUUUCAGAAAUUUCAAAAGAUGUUCACGAAUUUUUUCAAUAAUUUUUUCAGAAAUCAGAUGUAAAAACUUUCACGGAUUACACAAAUGAACGGAUCGAGAAAGCCUGUCAAGGUAGGAUUUCUCAGUGAAUUAUAUGAUUUUUUGAUUUUGAAGAAAUCGAUGAAGAAAUUCCCGAUGCAGAGGACGUGCAUUUGGGCGACGUUCCUCAAAACUUUUACCCGACCCCUUCUUUGGACGCCUCACAAAAAGCCAUCAAGUGAGUUUGAGUUGAAAGUGAAUGUUUCGGGAAAGGUUUAUAUGUAUUCAUUGAAAAAAAUAACUAGUGAUAGUAAUACAAUAAUAUGAUAUAUUUCGAAGAGCCACAAUCUAUCUAAACAGGAGAAAUUCUUGGAAAAAAAUUCGUAAUAAAAUUUAUCCUUUCAUGGAAAAAAAUUUUUUUGCGCUCUCUUCAUAGAUGUCUUGACUUUUAAGUUUCCCUGCAAGUUAAUAAUUUUUGUGAAAAAUAGUUAUGAAGCUUGUUUCACACGUAGCUACGGAUAACUCGAGGCUUUUGGGGGAUUUUCUGUCCAUUUAGAUUUUUCAGGGAAGCUCUUAUGACAAAAGUGAAUACGUCGAUGGAUCAAUUAGACAUCGAAGUCGAAGAAGUCUCGCCGUCGAGGGUUUUCUUUUUCUCUGUGUUUUAUGCUCCUUCAUGCCGAUUUCCAGGCUUUUGAAACGGCUACGUUCAUGAUUUCGAACUUAGAAGAAGGCGGAUGUGUUAAUUUCGAACUCAACGUGGUGUGUUCCCUCCGUUUUUCCGGUUCAAUUACGUUCAUUGUUUUCAGAACGACACGUUCGAAAGUGUCCGCGAGAUGCUCGUCAGUCGUUGGGAGUGCGAAGGCAGGCUGGUCGGCAUCCGGUUAAAACAACAAGAACUCGAUUUCAAAAGAACUCCUUGUUCUUAUGGAAUGGCUCCCGAUGUAAGUUUUGGAUUACUUUCUGGAUUGGCUCUUUUUUUAUUUAUAUAAUAACUUUGUCAGAGAGAAGUUUUUCUUUCAAAGCUCAAAUUUUUUUGCCAUUUUUUAAUCUCAAAUUGAAAUUUUAUGUACACGGAGAAAUCUGAAUCUCAAUUUUAUCUGAAAUUUUUUUUUCCUCUGUUUUUCAGUCUUUCUACCAGCUGACGGCCUUCAGAGUUGGCCAAGAGGAAAAAGACGCGCAAGAAGGUGCUGCUGACGGAGUUUUGAUCAAGUUCCAGCUGGCUGAUCGGAGGAAACCGCUGGAAUUGCGUUUCGAUAAGGUCUCUCAAUAACCAAAUCUUUGUAUAAUCCUGAGAAUUGAAGAAAGACAGCGUGGGAGAAAUUCGUGAGGCUUUGGCCGAAGAGUUAGAAGUCGAAGGGACGGAUAUGCGGCUGAUCUUCGACAACGAGGAACUCGAAGACGAAGAAACCGUAGGAGGCCUUGACAUUGAGGAGGGCGACUGUAUGGAUGUGUAUCUCAAAUCUUAA